UAUAAGAGGAAUCAGAGGGUGGGGGGCGUCCCAUGAGUAAGAUGUCAGGGGAGGAGGAGUUUUAUCUGUUCAAGAACAUUUCCUUGGUGGGGCCAUGGGAUGGGCCUCAGUACCACAUUGCCCCUGUCUGGGCCUUCCACCUCCAGGCGGUCUUCAUGGGCUUUGUCUUCUUCGUAGGAACACCACUCAAUGCCACGGUGCUGGUGGCCACCCUCCGCUACAGAAAGUUGCGGCAGCCACUCAACUAUAUUCUGGUCAAUGUGUCCCUGGGGGGCUUCCUCUACUGCGUCUCCUCUGUCUCCAUCGUCUUCAUCACCAGCUGUCACGCAUACUUCAUCUUUGGCCGCCAUGUUUGUGCUUGGGAGGCCUUCAUGGGCUGUACGGCAGGUCUGGUGACAGGCUGGUCACUGGCCUUCCUGGCCUUUGAGCGCUACCUGGUCAUCUGUAAGCCCUUCGGCAACUUCCGCUUCAGCUCCAAGCACGCACUGAUGGUGGUCCUGGCUACCUGGACCAUUGGUAUUGGCGUCUCCAUCCCACCCUUCUUCGGCUGGAGCCGGUUCAUCCCCGAGGGCCUGCAGUGUUCCUGUGGCCCUGACUGGUACACCGUGGGCACCAAAUACCGCAGCGAGUACUAUACCUGGUUCCUCUUCAUCUUCUGCUUCAUCGUGCCUCUCUCCCUCAUCUGCUUCUCCUACAUGCAGCUGCUGGGAGCCCUCAGAGUCGUCGCAGCCCAGCAACAGGAGUCAGCCUCAACCCAGAAGGCAGAGCGGGAGGUGAGCCGCAUGGUGGUGGUGAUGGUGGGAUCCUUUUGUGUCUGUUACACACCCUACGCUGCGAUGGCCAUGUACAUGGUCAACAACCGUAACCAUGGGCUGGACUUACGGCUUGUCACCAUUCCUGCCUUCUUCUCCAAGAGUGCUUGUGUAUACAACCCCAUCAUCUACUGCUUCAUGAAUAAGCAGUUCCGAGCUUGCAUCAUGGAGAUGGUGUGUGGGAAGUCCAUGACAGAUGAUUCUGAAAUGUCCAGCUCCCAGAAAACUGAAGUUUCUGCUCUCUCUUCCAGCCAGGUUGGCCCAAACUAAGGGGCCAUAUUGGCUUAUUUGCAGCAACUAGGAUUUCACAUUUAGGGAAUUCCUUCUUUCAAAAACCAAGCUACUAACAAAUGCAGAAGAUGGGAAGGGGAAUAUGGCAAAUUUGGGGCAUCAACUUCCCAUUUUCCUACCAUUCCUUUCCUGCCUACAAAGCUGCUGUUCCAGCUGGGUCUACUAUAGACCAUUCCAAAGGCCAUGUCAACAAUCCUCC